GCAUCGGGCCCCCAAGCGGAGGGGCGACAGGCAUCGGGCCCCCAGGCGGGGCGACAGGCAUCGGGCCCCCAGGCAGGGCGACAGGCAUCGGGCCCCCAGGCAGAGCGGCGGGCGCCGGACCCCCAGGCGGGAGCGACAGGUCUCGGGCCCCCAAGCGGAGCGGCGGGCGCGGGACCCCCAGGCGGAGCAACAGGUCUCGGGCCCCCAGGCGGAGCGGCGGGCGCCGGACCCCCAGGCGGAGCGACAGGUCUCAGGCCCCCAGGCGGAGCGGCGGGCAUCGGGCCCCCAGGCGGGGCGACAGGCAUCGGGCCCCCAGGCGGGGCGGCGGGGCAUCGGGCCCCCAGGCGGAGCGGCGGGCGCCGGGCCCCCAGGCGGAGCGGCGGCGGGCGCCGGACCCCCAGGCGGAGCGACAGGUCUCGGGCCCCCAGGCGGAGCGGCGGGUCUCAGGCCCCAGGCGGAGCGACAGGUCUCAGGCCCCCAGGCGGAGCGGCGGGCGCCGGACCC